AUGGAUGUAGAUUGUGCGAAGAGAAGCGGCGCAAUCCGCAUCACCGCCCGUGAGUACAAGAACUAUGGAGCCACUCUGCGACGAAUGUGUGUUCCAUCGGCCAAGAAAGGCACCUUGCAGGUGAGUGGGGAGGUGGCUGACAGAUGGAAGAACACCAAAUCGAGGAAGCAGUUGAUCGUGGCUCUCAUCAAUUGCAAGGGUGACAAAGAUGCUUUCAAUCAGCGUAUGGAGGUGGUGAUCCGCAAUGUCAAGGAAGGAAAAGUUGUCAUCGACAGUGGCUACUACACCGAGUCGGCGAUGAAGAACGAGCUGAAGGAUCGUGUCCAAGCGAUCAUCAAGUACUGCACGAAGACGAAAGCGCGAAGGCGGCAGCUCACCAGGAGAGACAAGUACCAGAAGCACAUCCUGGAAUACUGGAUAGAUUUGAAGACCUCGGGGAGCCUGUCGCGAAGUCACAAGGAAGAGUUCAACCAGUUCAUCGAGAUCAUCGACGAUGAAGCGGUGUUGCCGCCGCCCGUUUUGGGAAACGAGGCUUUGCCCUCCUAUGAGGAGGAGGACGACGAUGCUGAUGACGACGAUGAGUCAGAGGCGAAGGAGGAUGAAAAGGAGGAGGCGAACCCCGACUUCCGCGAAGAGCAAGAGAAGGAUAUCCAGAAGAUUCCCACGAUUCUCAGCGAGAUCCUCCGGGUUCGUGUUAAGACCGACAAGACCCUCGAGGAGCUGAAAAAGGCCGGGGAGCUACUGGGCAAGCAGGCUGAGAAUCUGAUGGGCUUACAUGAUGAGCUCGCAGAGAUCCGGGCAGAGUGCGGCAAGGACGAUCCCAGCGCAGAGACAAGCCGGAUUACAAUGGAAGAGAAGAAGUUGAGGAGGACCAUUCUGCGGCCGGUGCCCAAAGCCAAAGCCAACAUCAAGAAUCCGAACAAGGCCGAGGGUCAAGGCGAGCAGCACGAUGAAGAGGAUGAUCACGCAGUGCUGGAAGACCACUGGAUCGGGAGCCCGGCGCCGCAUCAACUGCCUUGGCGCGUGCUCGUGGUUUCUGACCGCCUGCUGUGUAGCAUUGCUGCUGGUUUUGUUGAUGAAGUUCGUGAUGUUGCUGAUGUUAUCCAGGCUUUGGCUUCAUGCAACAAGUUGUGUUUGCUAUGGGGUGCUGAGUCUAUGACAUCAAAUACAGAUGUGCUGCCGAAAUUCUGGAGACGCUGGAAGUCUCACGACCCGCAGCACGCAGCACUGCAGCACCAUCGGGAUCACAUGGCUUAUGUGCUGCCACUGCAACUUCAUGCGGACGAAGGGCAAACCCUUAAGAAGACUGGUGUCAUGGUGAUAAAUUGGCAGUCGCCGAUUGGUUUUGGGGUUUCCACAUCGGAUGAUUGCCCUGCAGCUAUGCAACUGAACUAUUGUGGCAGCUCGUAUGCAACAAGGUUCUUGUACACGGUCUGCCAUAAGAAGUGCUACAGCAAAGACAAGUCCUAUGUCCUCACUGGCAUCCUGGAUCGAUUGGCUUACGAGCUUGUUGAUUUAUUCUACAAUGGUCUAACUGUAAAUGUUGCAGGCAAGCAAGUGACCUUCUUCGUAGCGCUGCUGGGGCUCAAAGGCGAUUGGCCGAUACAGGCUCGCAUCGGGAACUUGACAAGACAUUUCGCCCGAAAGGGCGUGUUUGAGGUUGUCAUCACAGACUAUGCAUUGGCAGGGCCUGGUGACAUGGCGGUGCAGCUGGAUGGAAUCUAUGCUUUGGCUGUGCAGCACUGCAAAUCCACGCAGACGCCGCUGCAUAUGGAUGGGCUCACUCGGCAUCUCUAUGCUGACUACGAUUAUCCUGUUGGGAGCUGGUUCAAAGGGGCCGAUACUGCGGCCAUGUGUUCUUUUCUUGAAGCUUUCUGGGCGGAGCACCUCGCGGCGCAUGCAAGCGACUCGGACGAGUACUUGCAUGGGAUUCUUGAAUGCUUGCGGGUGGCUGCUCAGGCCGGGGCAUCCUUUCUCAAAGCCUACAUCGAAACGUCAAGUCGGGCGUUUGAUCGGCAGAAGACCCGAUUCAAGCUCACGCCUAAAUUUCAUGGGCUCAUCCACAUCGUGGACAGUUUGAUUACUGGGUACAAUUCCGGCCGGAGAUGGACACUAUCUCCGUUGAGUGAAUCCACGCAAUUGGACGAGGACUUUAUCGGCCGGGUUUCGUCUACCACAACUGCAGUUAGCUCCAGAAAUAUGCAUAGCCAGACUCUCCGCAAAUACCUUACGAACAUGUGGGCGGCUGUGCACGGCCGGUGA